GAACUGAUCACUGCCUCAACCAACAAAAACACAACAGAUUCCUCUCUAUUCUUCACCGCACACAACACCAACCUCGCUGGCAGCUCCUGCUCUUCUUCUUCAUCCUGUUCCUCCUAUUCGACUUGACUAUGGUUGCCAGUGGCAAGCUUGAGCUUUCGCGCUCUUAGAGGCACUACCGAAGCUUGGAAGCCUUUUUCACCCACUCGAACAGAUGCACCGGUGUGAUCUAUGGCGCUGAUUCGCUUCGCGAUGUCGGUAAUCGGAGAAUCUUCUGUCCCCUGGGAAAUUGUUAAAUAAUGGGAAGACUGUGUGCACCUGGGAUGAUGUGCUGAAUUGACCCAUCACCAAUCGAGUCUUGUAAGUCCACAUGGGUACUUCAAGUGAUGGUGUGUUGGAUGAUGCUGCUUCUGAUAGAUUGGAGCAGAUUCAAAACCCUGAUUCCAGUGUCCAUGAAGCAAAAUCCAAUUUAGAAGGAAUCACUUGCAUGGUUUACUCAGGGGAUGGUGUUUUGAAUGGAGUUGCUUCUGAUAGACAGGAGCCGAGUCAGAGCUCUGAUUCUACCAUUCAUGAAGCACAAUCCAAUCAAAAAGGAGUAAGUUGCAUGUUUUCAAAAGAUGUUGUGUCAGAUGGGCCUGCUUCUGAUGGAUUAAAACAGAGUCAGACUCUUGAUCCCAGGACCCAUGAAAAAGAAUUCAAUCAGAGAGGAGCCGCUGAUAUUAUUACAUCAAGGGAGGGUGUAUCAAAUGCAGUUGGUUCUGAUCAACUGAAGGAGGCUUGGAGCCCCAAGGCUGGGGUCCAUGAAGCUCAGCCAAGUCAAGAAGCAGUCACUCCUGUAAUAAUCGAGAAAGCAUCAGAAGAUGGAUAUAACUGGCGAAAGUAUGGGCAAAAACAUGUUAAAGGAAAUGAAUUUAUACGUAGCUAUUACAAAUGUACACAUCCUAACUGCCAAGUCAAAAAGCACUUGGAACGUUCACAUGAUGGGCAGCUUACAGAUACCCUAUACUUUGGCAAGCAUGAUCAUCCUAAACCUCAAUUUAUCUCAGUAGCCAGUGGCUCCAUUCUGUCCAUUCAAGAAGAAAGAUCAGAUGAGCUGUCAACUCAUGCUGAAGACAAAUCAUCCGAUGCACAUGGCCAGCCAUCUCAUUGUAUUGAUCCAGCAGAUAAUCCUAAGCUUUCUAUUGUCAUAGCUAGUGAUACUGAUUUAGAAGGUGUGCGUUUGCAACCAAAUAGGAUCAGAGAGGAGGUUGAUAACGAUGAAGAUCCCGAACCAAAGCGGCGGAAGAAAGACUAUUAUACUGUUGAUGCAACUCAGGCAGAUAAGCAGGCUGCUGAACCCCGUGUUGUUGUUCAGACUGAGAGUAAGGUUGACAUAGUGAAUGAUGGGUACCGCUGGCGCAAAUAUGGGCAGAAGUUAGUGAAAGGCAAUCCAAACCCAAGGAGUUACUACAGGUGCUCAAAUAUGGGAUGCCCAGUCAAGAAGCAUGUGGAGAGGGCAUCUCAUGAUCCAAAAAUAGUUAUUACUACUUAUGAGGGUCAACAUGACCAUGAUAUGCCUCCUGCGAGGACAGUGACCCAAAAUUCUAAUGCAACAGCUUUGAACAGUGAGUCAAGAGCUAAGGCAGAAGAGAUAGGUGGCCACGAGGUCGUCAUUCAUUAUAGUUUGCAUCCUGAAGGUAGAUCAAAUGAGCAGCGAGGACCUGGUGCAGAACCCGUCCAAGGCUGAACCUUAUUGAUUCCAGUAGUUCUGGACCAUUUGAAUUCUUAAAUGUAGGUGUUAAUUUAUAGUAGGAUGGGUGUGGGUGUGGGGGUGUACGCCCCGUAUAUUUUAGUUGAAUAAUGACUCCCAUGACUGGGCUACAGAGGACUAGUAGGCUGCUAGCUGGUGUGUGGAAGUACUAUGCUCAUGUAUCUAAGAUCAGAGAUGUACGUGCCAUUGUAAGAUUGGAUUUAGAGCAGUUGUCCUUCUUAUUGCAUUGCUGCAAUGGUCUUCUCCGUCUCUUUGCACCGAGGCCUGUUAUAUUUACUAUUUCAUUAGCCUAUAUAAGUUGAAGGGUUUUUUAGAAAGGGUGAUUGUAACGGCAUUGCCAAAGUUUGGAAGUAAAAAGUAUAUUAUGUUAA